ACCCCCGAGUCACAUGAUGACUAAAGUUCAUCUCAGUGCUGUAACUUUAAUAACUCUCCAGGACUCAUGUCUGUCUGACAUACAACACUGGGAUUUAAUUUAGAUUGUUCUGAAAUAUCAGGCUGUUAAACCAACCAAUACAAGGACAGGGAGUGACACCGUGUGAGAAAAUGGCUUCUAGUUCGUCUCUCCCAGAGGAGGAUUUCUCCUGUACGGUGUGCCUUGACAUCUUUAAGGAUCCUGUCAUCUUGUCAUGCAGCCACAGCUUCUGCCAAGCCUGUCUAAAGGAAUGCUGGAAAGACAAGGAAUCUCAGGAAUGUCCAGUUUGCAGGAGACGAUCCUCUAAAGAUCAUCCCCCUACAAACCUGUCUCUAAAGAACCUGUGUGAGGCCUUACGGGAAAGGAGACAGACAGAUCUGAAAAGUCCAACCACAGGGUCCAAGGUGCUCUGCAGUCUACACAGUGAGAAACUCAGGCUGUUCUGUCUGGAGGAUAAAGAGCCCAUCUGUUUGGUGUGUCAGGUCUCAAGGAAACAUAAAGAUCAUGACUGCAUCCCUGUAGAUGAGGCUGUACAGGAUCACAAGGAGGAACUCCAGACUGACCUGAAGCCCUUACAGGAGAAGCUGAAGGUCUUUAAUAAAGUUAAACAAACCUGUGAUAAUACUGCAGUGCACAUUAAGAGCCAGGCCCAGCACACAGAGAAGCAGAUUAAGAAGGAGUUUGAGAAACUUCACCAGUUUCUACGAGAGGAAGAGGAGGCCAGGAUAGCUGCUCUGAAAGAGGAAGAGAAGCAGAAGAGUCAGAAGAUGAAGGAGAAGAUUGAGCAGAUGAACAGAGAGAUAUCAUCACUUUCAGACACAAUCAGAGCCAUAGAGGGGGAGCUGAAAGAUGAAGACAUCUCAUUCCUGCAGAACUUCAAGACCAUGAAGGAAAGAGCCCAGUGCACAAUGCCAGAUCCACAGCUGGUGUCAGGGGGGCUGAUAGACGUGUCCAAACACCUGGGUAACCUGAAGUUCAGAGUCUGGGAGAAGAUGCAGGGGAUCAUCAAACACACUCCUGUGAUUCUGGACCCCAACACUGCACACCCAUGUCUCUCUCUGUCUGAUGAUCUGACCAGUGUGAGUAACACUGACCCAAAGCUGCAGCUCCCUGAUAACCCAGAGAGAUUCAUGAAGUAUGCAAAUGUUCUGGGCUCUAAGGGGCUCAGCUCUGGUCAACACAGCUGGUAGGUGGAGGUGGGGGACCAUCCUAUCUGGAACCUGGGCGUGGCUAAAGAGUCAGUUGACAGGAAGGGGGAGGUGCAUGCAUCACCAGAGAAUGGAAUCUGGGCUAUACUGCUGAGGAGUGGUACGUAUAGUAAUGGAAUGGGAGAGACCCUCCUCCUGAAGGAGAUACCCCAGAAGAUCAGAGUGCAGCUGGACUACGACCAGGGGGAGGUGUCCUUCUACGACUCCAAAGACAUGACACUCAUCUACACUCAAAAAGACACAUUCACUGAGACUCUCUAUCCUUUCUUCUCUAUUGGAUCAGCUGGUGAUGACAAAAGCACUGGUGUACAGAUCUGCCAAUCAGAGGUGUCUCUGACAGUGAUGUCAUCCCAAUGAGGUUGUGUUUGUGUGUGUUGUUGUGGGUGAAAUUACUAGAUUAUGUUAUAACACUGUAUAAUACUGUUAUUGUAUCAAAUUGUUGUUUUCUGGAGUAGAACAGUGUUUUUAGAACUCAUCAGUGUGUGGUCUUCUGAGUUGGACCUCUGGGGCUUAAUGCUGACUGUAGAUUUACCAUGUCUUAGGCCACAUUCCAUUCACGUGAGGGAGAUUGCUCCGGUUUGACUGGAAGGUACCAGGGAGAGAUGUCUCGGGUAUAGAUACUAAUGAGAGGAACCCUGUUUUGGGGACCAGACCCUGGUUUACUCACAAUGAGAACAGUCUUUACAGCAGAUACUGUCUUCUGUGAAUUAUUCAUUCAUUUAAUACGAAUCCUAACCUUGUGACCCAUUCCACAUAUCUGUUGUUUAUCAUGUAGACUAAAGGGGUGUAUCUUUGCUAUGAAAGGUCUUUGUAUCCUUUGUCUCAGGGCUCUCAACCCAACAGUGACCAUGUUGGGGUGACCAGCCAUCGUUAUUGUUCUGUGCUUUCCUUAUGAUAAGUUUAUAAUAAAGUAAUAUCCUUAUUGGUGA